AUGUCAACUUUAGCGGCGACUAGCUCAGAGAGUAAAGAGGGUUUGAAGCUGCUUGUCACCGGAGGACCCCAAGCUCGCAAAUUGGUCGGAACAUGGCUUUUCGGUUCAGCAGCUUGGGUGUUCAGCAUGGUGGUACUAGGCGGUGUAACCCGGUUAACUCGGUCCGGUUUAUCCAUGACUGAUUGGAAGUUCACAGGAGAGUUCCCUCCUCUGUCAGACGAAGCUUGGGCUAAGGAGUUUGAGAAAUAUAAACAGUCACCUGAGUAUAAACGUGUGAACAAAGGGAUGAAUCUUGAGGAUUUCAAGUUCAUAUAUUGGAUGGAGUAUGCUCAUCGUAUGUGGGGAAGAGGGUUAGGGAUCAUGUUUGCUUUGCCUUUUUCUUAUUUCUUGCGUAAAGGCUAUAUUACUCUACUUCUUUGA